CGCAGUGGCGUCGAACGCUCAGAAGAAUUUUCACACAGGCAAGAUGGCGACUUCGGAGCCGCAAGGAACUGAAAAUGAAGAACCAUGUGCUGAUAGUCCUACACCCGCAGUGACAAGUCCUGAACAGUAUAUCAAGCAUCCUUUGCAAAACAGAUGGGCUCUAUGGUAUUUCAAAAAUGACAAGACCAAAAGUUGGACGGAAAAUCUGCGUCUCAUUUCAAAGUUUGAUACAGUGGAAGAUUUCUGGGCAUUAUAUAAUCACAUACAAAAGCCCAGUAAACUUGGAUUUGGCUGUGACUACUGCUUGUUUAAGGAUGGUAUCAAACCCAUGUGGGAGGAUGAUAGGAAUAAACUUGGUGGAAGGUGGUUAAUGACUCUCAAUAAACAGCAACGACACAAUGAUCUAGACUGCUACUGGAUGGAAACACUGUUGUGUUUAAUCGGAGAAUCCUUUGAUGAGGCCAGUGAAGAUGUGUGUGGAGCUGUGGUCAACGUCAGGCCAAAGGGAGAUAAAAUAUCCAUCUGGACGGGCAACUGCCAAAACAAGGAAGCGAUCACCACGAUAGGGCAACAAUACAAAGAGCGUUUGAGUAUCCCAGGCAAAAUCCUCAUUGGAUACCAAUCACAUGACGACACCUCUAGCAAAAGUGGUUCUACAACAAAGAAUAUGUACUCAGUUUGAAGAAAACUCAUUUCAACUCAUUGUAGGUUUAUAAAUUACAAAUUUGCAUCACCUUAAUACUUUUGAGUUGUCAGCUACUGUAGUGUCCUUCCUUUUUAAGAAAAGAAAAAGAUAAAAUAUGUAAAUGUAGUGCUUUCCAGAGGAUCAUAUGUUCAGCAUCGUUACGAUGUAGAUCAUAGGACGUCUGAUUGUUUGACCCGAGAGAGAGCACCGCAUCAGCAAAAGCUAUUCAAGUUGAGCUAGAUGUUACUGAUAUAAUUUUAGAAUCUGAGAGUUUAAAGGACUAAUCGAAACUUGCCUAGUUAAAGACGUUCUGAGGCUUAGAUAAAAGUAAUACCAUUCUUUGCUUUAACGAUUCUUUCGCUCAUGUGUCACGCCAUGAAUAGUGUUUCUCACUGUCAGAUGAACAAAAAAAACCCAGACUACACUAACACGGAAAUUUUAUGGGUCCAAACUGUUUUAACAUGCUUUGGUUAGAGGUGUUUGGCAUGAGAAGUAAUUGCAGAGGCGCCUGCAGACUGACCAUCUUAAAGGUUUGUAAAGGAAUAACUUCGGUCACGCUCCAAGUUUGUAAUUUGGAGGAGUAGUCAUUUAUUAUUUCAGCUAUGCUGAAAUUGUGGAGUCUUGCUUGUAGAUCUAUCUUGAACAGCUGUGUUUUCCCCUCCCUCUUAUCUAUUUAUGAUAUUUGCAUUGCAGUUGAACUACAUAGUGAAAUUUAAGCUUCCUUUGUUUUCUUUGUUUUAGUUCAGGUUCUUGGAAAUGUGGACUACUGCUCUCUUUUUAUUUUAUUUUACAGUGUCUUCAAUAAUUGGCUGAACACACAUGCAUUUUAGUUUUGCUGUCACCUUUCCCUUCAAAAGAAAACUGUAGACAUUUUCUAGUUUGCCACAGUCUUUGGAUCAAUGAAAGAAGAGAGGAUACUCAUUUUGAAUUUAUUUUGCUCAUAUGUAUCUUUAUUAUCUGUAAUCCCAGGAUGUAUAUUACCUUCUUUCAAAGUAAAGGUUAUGUGCUUUGCAUUAA